AUGCCGCCAUCCCAGCCAAACACGGCGCCCAUCCCGCACAUCCACAUGCUGUGCAUCAACGACGCCCACAGCGCCGCCCUGCACGCCGCCCUCGCAUCCCACGGCCUCUCGUCCCUCGCAAUCACCUACCACAACUGCGCGCUGUCCUUUGUCGAGGCCCGGUUCGACCUCAUCGUGUCGCCGGCAAACUCGUACGGCCGGCUGGACGGCGGCUUCGACGACGCAAUCUCGCGCUCCUUCUCGCCGCGCGACGACUACCUCGCCCUCACCAGAGCCGUCCAGGCGAGGCUGUACGACGACUGGCGCGGCUUUGCGCCCCCGGGCACCUGCACGCUGCUGCGCAUUCCGGACGAGUUCCACCAGCGCUCGCGCAACGCCUGGGGCACAAAGUACCUGGCGCUGUGUCCGCUGAUGCGCGUGCCGUCAAACGUCGAAUGGGACCGCGAGGUUGUCUACGAGUGCACCUGGAGCCUGCUGUGCGCCGUGGACAAGCACAACCGCAGUGUGCGCAGGGCCGGCGCGCGCGAGCAGCAGCAGCAGCAGCAGGAUGAGAUUCACAGCCUGCUCAUGGUCCCCAUGGCCACGGGCGUUGGGGGCGUGAGCCCGGCCAAGUGGGCGGGCCAGACGGUGCUUGCGCUCAAGCACUUCAUUGACGCCGUGGAGCAUGAGGCGAAAUGGAGUACGCUUGAGCCGAGCGACAUUGUCGAAUAUGCGGGCGACGUUGAGAAGAUGUGGAAGUCUUAG